AUGCCUGGCGACCGCAGAAACAGUAAUAGUGGCAAACCAGGAGGUGGAGCUGGUACCAGCAGUACUGGCAACAACAACAACAACAACAACAACAACAUGGAUACACAACAACCUCAAUCUCAACCUGCCUCUCCACCAUUAUCAUCACUGACCAAGAUAUUGGCAGAGGAGAAGAAACAACCAUUAUCAACAUUGGUCGAUAAAGAGAUGUGUGGAGACUAUAUAUUGAUUGAUAUCAUUGGUAAAGGAGGAUUCGGUGUUGUAUAUAAAGGAUUACAUAAGACAAAGGGACACUUCUCUGCGAUCAAGAAGAUCAAGAUCACAAAGCGAAAGAAGGGCGAUAAGUCUGCAGAGUCACAAUCAAUGCUGAUGGUCGAGAUCAAUCUACUCAAAGUGUUGUCGCAUCACAACAUCGUGCGAUACUAUGAUCACAUCCCAACAUCAUCUCACUCAUACAUUGUAAUGGAGUUCAUUGAGAAUGGAUCAUUGGAAAAGAUUGUAAAGAGACAUGGACUGCUGCCAGAGGGAUUGGUCAAUGUGUAUAUCGCUCAGGUGCUCAAUGGAUUGGAGUACUUGCACAGACAGGGUGUCAUUCAUCGUGAUAUUAAGGCGGCCAAUCUGUUGAUUGCCACCGAUGGCUCAAUCAAGUUGGCAGAUUUUGGUGUGGCGACAAAGGUGUCGGACCUCAGCGCGGACAAUCCCGAUGACUCGUUCGCAGGCACACCCUACUGGAUGGCACCCGAGAUGAUCCAGAUGCAGGGAGUGUCGACCGCAUGUGAUGUAUGGUCGCUUGGCUGCACGAUCAUCGAGCUGCUCAGUGGCCAGCCGCCCUACUUUGGCCUGGCGCCCGCUGCCGCACUGUACAAGAUCGUUCAGGAGGAUCACCCGCCCAUACCUCAGGGCAUAUCGCCGGCCCUCAAGGACUUCCUGCUGCAGUGUUUCAAAAAGGAUGAGAAUAUGAGGAGUUCGGCCAAGCAACUACUCAAUCAUCCUUGGAUCAGAGCCGUGGCAAUGAUGAAGAAUGCUGAGGGCAAGGUCAAGAACGCGCGACAGGAGAUUCUAACAUAUAACGCACAGAUGCAGGAGGUGGCGACGAUACCGGCCGAGCAAAUAGUCACGCGGCCACGGUCCAAGACCAUGGUUCCGCCUCUGCCGCUACAUAUGAGCAAUGGACAGAUCAAGCAGGCGGCGACAAGGGCCGUGGCAGUGGCCUCAACACCAGCCCCUGCAUCAACUGCCCCAGCAACAACAACGACACAACAAACACAGAAGGAACAGAGCAAGGAGAAGAAAGCGAUCAUUGAGAAGAUGUUUUCAAAGUUUGUGGACGACGAUGAUGAUGACGAUGGCUUUGGCCCCGCGGCCAAGCAGCAGCCACAAUCGACAAUCAAGCUCAAGUUGCAAAAGUUCGUCGACGACGAGCAAGACGAUGGCAAUGACUUUUUCAAGUCGGUACAGGGCAAGAGCAACACUCUCAAGGUGAUCAACAAGCAGUCAGACACCGAAUGGGACGACAAGGGUGGAUUUGAUGGCUUCAGCGACGAUGAAGACGCAACAAACAGCAACAAGAAGAAGGAGCAGGGCGACAAGAAGGAGCUCAAAUUAAAGGUACGCGACACGACCGAGGAGUGGGACAGCGAGAUUGAGGACAGCUUUGACAGCGUGUCGAUGUGGAGCGAGGAGGAGGACAGAGUGCGAACGACGAUCAAUCUCCAAGACAAGAAGAAGGAGCAUGUCACCAAGACCAUCGUCGAUCUGCUCUCACAGCUCAAGCCUCUUCUCUCGCAUCUGCAGACCACACUCCAGGGCGAGGUAGCCAGCGAGGAGACAUCACGUGUCAUUGAGAAGUUGAUCGAGCUGCUCCUGCUGUUCCCCACAGAGAAGCGAUUGUUGAUCAACAAUGGCGAGGGCGGCGUAUACUUCCGUCUUCCACUCAUCACACUGCUCGAGAUACUCGAGUUGCCGCUGUCAGAUGGCGACCACCACUACCUGAUACUCAAGCUAAUCAAUCAAGUAAUGUCCAGCGACAAGGACAUUCUCGAGACCAUCUGCAUCCUCAAUGGAAUCCCCAUCAUCACGACAUUCGCCGCACGUCGCUACCCCGAGGAGCUGCGCGAGGAGGUGUCCAAGUUUGUGCUGGAGCUCUGUCUGAGCUCUUCGUACUCGCUCAACAUGUUCAUCGCAGGCAGCCGCGGCUGCAAGGUGCUGGUGGACCUGGUCGACUCAGACUACUUCAACAGCUCCGUCCUGAUACACAACGCAUUGGACUCGAUCUCGCAGGUUUUCAAGCUGCAAUCGGCGCUACCCAAGACGUCGCUGUGCCAUCUAUUCUCACGCACUGAGCUGCUGAACCGCAUCUCCUUCCUGCUCUACCAGAUCUUCAUCCCAACAUCAACAGACACUGAGCAACAACUGGACCACAAGAACAAGAUCAAGCAAAAGUCGCUCAGCAAGGAUGCGCUUCAUCACUCUGUUAGCCGCAGCUCAAGUAGCGUCAAACUGCUGCCCAAGGAUGCAUUUGAUCGUGUAUUGGCCUACAGUGUCAAGGCUGCCGACAUCCUGUUGUUCUUUUCGACAGGCGACUCAUUGGUCAAGGAGGAGAUGAGCAGCGAGGCCGUGCUCAAGGACAUUCGCGAGGUGCUACAAGAGAUCUACAUGUGGAAGUCGAUUACAAAGGAUGUGCGUGCGUUCGUACUACGUAUACUCAAGGUGAUCAAGAACCUGUCGAUGGACCAGAACAACAGGGCCAAGUUGGACAAUGUGGAGAUCAUAUCAACACUGAUUGCAUACCUUGGAUUGGAACAAGGUGGCAUUGAAAAGAUCAGCGAGAUCUACAAUCAAGUGCUUCACUCACUCUACCAUCUACUACUUCUUGACAAGUCCAGACAGGACAAGGCUUUGAAGAGUGGCAUCCUGCCACCACUGUUACAGAUCAUCAAUGAGAGAGGUCCACUGAAGGAACUUGCAUUGCCAAUACUGUUUGACUUGGUGAGACUUUCGACAUCAAGUAGCAGGAAGCAGCUUUGGGAGUGCAACACAUUGGACAAGCUUUUGGUACUACUAGAGGACAGGAACUGGUUCGCAGAUGCUAUUGAAUCAAUUGCCGCUUGGACAACAUUGGAGUCAUCGACAGUAUAUCAACGCCUGACAUGCAGGGAGUCUGCACUGAAGCUGAUGUCAAUCGUGCACGUCAGCCACGUGAAGCACCCUUCAUUCUCAAAGUCACUCAUCCCACUGCUACAGCUGAUGCAGGGCUCCAACACACUGAUCGACCACCUCGUCGAAGUGGGACUGGUGCCCGAGCUGCUGUCCUGUCUGCGACUGGAUCAGUCGCCCGUGUCCAGGAUCACCCUGCUCAAGAUCGUUCUAACCACCAACGCCAAGUUGAAGCUGAACAACAUCACCAACAACCAACAACUAACCGAACUGAAACAGACUCUUCUGGAGAUAUCCGAACAGGACGAAUCACAGAUUGUCAAGACGAUUGCCGACAAUCUCUUGGAUGGUAUCAACAACCACAAUAUACCUGUAUCAUCAUCAACAUCAACGACCUCAACAACAUCCAUGUGA